AUGAAUAUGGGCUCUAAAAAAUACCAAACUACACUGACAACUGGGUCAGGACUACAAGUGAGAAGACAAUCAACAGCUGAAACGGACCCCAAUGCUGACAUAAAAGAUCUUAUAAUGGGGGUGGAAAAGAGCUUGAAUGAUAAGCUGGACAUAUUAGCUGGCAACAUCCAACAGAACUCAAAGCUAAUAUUAGACUUUACAACACAAAUAAGUGACCUCUCACUUAAAAAUAAAGAACUUGACAAAUCUGUACAAGAACUCAAAAGUAAAACCACCAAACAAGAGGAAAUGAUGAAGAAGUUGCAAAAUGAAUUAAAAAAUCACAAGACUCAACGAAGGACGAAACAGGCGACAUAA